UGCCAGGAAGAAGCGCCCUCAUGAUGCCCGCGCCCAAGUUGCACCAAAGGGACGCAGUUUCCCACUGAACGGAUCCGCAUUGGAGAACCAGGAUUCUGAAUUUGCCUUGACUGCAGCAGGAGGAUGUCCGAGAGGAGUAGCAGGGGCCUUCUCUCAGCUGCCCCAAUGUGCCCACUGCUGCCAUAGACCCGUUAGUCCCCAAGAAGUCUCCGGAAGGGCAUAUCCAUUGCCCACCUGCAAUGAGCCAGGCCGUGGGCCAGGCCUGGGCUUCACUCUGCUGAACAAAACUCCAUCGCUGGCCUCAAGACGCUUACAUCCAGUUUUAAAGAUGAGUGAAGAACGAUGGAUUUCUCUCACGCCAGAAGAAUUUGACCAACUCCAGAAAUACUCGGAAUAUUCCUCCAAGAAAAUAAAAGAUGUCUUGGCUGAAUUUAAUGAGGGUGGGAGCCUCAAGCAAUAUGAUCCACAUAAGCCAAUCAGCUACGACGUCUUCAGGCUGUUCAUGAGGUCGUACCUGGAAGUGGAUCUUCCCCAGCCACUGAGCACACACCUCUUCCUGGCCUUUAGCCAGAAGCCCAGGCAGGAGACCCCCGACCACCCCAAGGAUGAGGCCAGCAGCAGUGAGCCUAAUGGCCCAGAUUCUAACAUCCAGAAUGCAGAUAAUGCUGUCAAAGCAGAUGAAGCCUGUGCCCCUGACGCUGAAUCCAAGAUGGCUGAGAAGCGGACACCAGCUAGAAGCCAAGUGGCUGCAGCCUUCCUGGGAGGCCCUGCUGCUGAGUAUGCCGGCUCAGAGCCCCCCGUGGUGUACCUGAAGGAUGUCGUGUGCUACCUGUCCCUGCUGGAGACCGGGAGGCCUCAGGAUAAGCUAGAAUUCAUGUUUCGCCUCUAUGAUGUGGAUGAGAAUGGACUCCUGGACCAAGCGGAGAUGGAUCGCAUUGUCAACCAGAUGCUGCACAUUGCCCAGUACCUGGAGUGGGAUCCCACUGAGCUGAGACCUAUACUGAAGGAGAUGCUGCAAGGGAUGGACUACGACCGGGACGGCUUUGUGUCUCUGCAGGAAUGGGUCCAUGGAGGAAUGACCACCAUUCCGCUGCUGGUCCUCCUGGGGAUGGACGAAACCGGCUGCACCGGGGACGGGAGGCACGCCUGGACCCUGAAGCACUUUAAGAAGCCGACCUACUGCAACUUCUGCCACAUCAUGCUGAUGGGGGUUCGGAAGCAAGGCCUGUGCUGCACAUACUGUAAAUACACUGUCCACGAACGCUGUGUAUCCAAAAACAUCCCUGCGUGUGUCAAAACAUGUUCAAAAGCCAAAAGGAGUGGCGAGGUGAUGCAGCACGCGUGGGUGGAAGGGAACUCCUCCGUCAAGUGUGACCGGUGCCACAAAAGUAUCAAGUGCUACCAGAGUGUCACCGCGCGGCACUGCGUGUGGUGCCGGAUGACGUUUCACCGCAAAUGUGAAUUAUCCACCUUGUGCGAUGGUGGGGAGCUCCGAGACCAUAUUCUGCUGCCCACCUCGAUAUGCCCCAUCCCCCGGGACAGGCAAGGUGGGAGGUCCGACAGCAGCAGCACUACAGCCAAGGGUGACCUUGUAAUGCAGUAUAAGAUCAUCCCCACCCCGGGGACCCACCCGCUGCUGGUCUUGGUGAACCCGAAGAGCGGAGGGAGACAAGGAGAAAGAAUUCUUCGGAAAUUCCACUACCUGCUCAACCCCAAACAGGUUUUCAACUUGGACAAUGGGGGACCUACUCCAGGCCUGAACUUUUUCCGUGAUACUCCAGACUUCCGGGUGCUGGCCUGCGGAGGAGAUGGCACGGUCGGCUGGAUUCUGGAUUGCAUUGACAAGGCCAACCUUGCAAAGCAUCCGCCUGUGGCUGUCCUGCCUCUCGGAACCGGAAAUGACCUUGCCCGGUGUCUCCGCUGGGGUGGAGGUUACGAAGGGGGCAGCUUGACAAAAAUCCUCAAGGACAUUGAGCAGAGCCCCUUGGUGAUGCUGGACCGCUGGUACCUGGAAGUCAUCCCCAGAGAGGAGGUGGAGAAUGGAGACCAAGUCCCAUACAGCAUCAUGAACAACUACUUCUCCAUCGGCGUGGAUGCUUCCAUCGCACACAGAUUCCACAUGAUGAGAGAGAAACACCCUGAAAAAUUCAACAGCAGGAUGAAGAACAAGCUCUGGUACUUUGAAUUUGGCACCUCAGAGACCUUUGCAGCCACCUGCAAGAAACUCCACGACCACAUAGAGUUGGAGUGCGAUGGAGUUGAGGUAGACCUGACCAACAUCUUCCUCGAAGGCAUUGCCAUUCUCAACAUCCCCAGCAUGUAUGGAGGCACCAAUCUCUGGGGAGAAACCAAGAAGAACAGGGCUGUGAUCCGGGAAAGCAGGAAGAGCAUCACUGACCCGAAGGAACUGAAAUUCUGCGUCCAAGACCUCAGUGACCAGCUCCUUGAAGUGGUGGGGCUCGAGGGAGCCAUGGAGAUGGGGCAGAUCUACACCGGCCUGAAGAGUGCGGGCAGGAGGCUGGCCCAGUGCUCCUCCGUUACGAUCAGGACUAACAAGCUGCUGCCGAUGCAAGUGGACGGAGAGCCCUGGAUGCAGCCGCCCUGCACGAUUAAAAUUACUCACAAGAACCAAGCACCCAUGAUGAUGGGGCCUCCCCAGAAGAGCAGCUUCUUUUCACUGAGGAGGAAAAGCCGUUCAAAAGAUUAGACUGUGUGUCAAAUGCCAGCUAAACCAAGGGAGAAAACAAGAAACUGUAACUACGUACACACACACACACACACAGCAAAGCCACCCUUCUGGAAGGGAACUUCACCUCGCCAUUUGGAAAUCAGGGAAACGACCCUGACAGAACCAGUCCCCACAGAACUUUUCAGAUAUACUUAGGUCCUCAGCAACCCCCACAUUCCGGCGGGCCCUGAGCAGGACCGGCAGAGACCGAAGGAGAAAUCUCCCCUUCUUUUCACCAGCUCUGCAUGUUUCCGCAGCGACCCACCCAUGCGGGGCAGGCUGCCCACGGUGUGGUCAAGAGCACCGUUCCAGAGAGUCUGCCCACAAGUCCUUCUGUACAAAGCCAGCGACCCGUGCGGGGGCCCAGCAAGCGCACGAUGGCUUCUUGGUUGUCCUCCCAGCGACAGCUUCUCCCCGAACUUGCUGAGGCGGCAGGAAGGCUGCCCUUGGAGAACGGUUUCCAUUCCCGGUUCUCUGAGCUGUCAGUGGGCACUUGUUCACUUCCCGAGCCCUCUCCUGGUGUCUGCGUGUUUGUUUAGGGACAGCUCCAAGAGCCCCGGAGCUGCCUGCAUGGCACACCUCAGAUGUGGUAUUUAUUUUCUUAGUUCUGUGAACACCUGGGAGGGAAAGCGGAGAAACUGGGGUUUAUUUUUCAAAUCGGUGUCAUAACAGUGUAUAAAAGGGGCAAAGGGCCGGGGAUUUAGCUCAGUGGUUACGCCGUCUGCCUGGAGAAGCUCGAGGACCCGAGUUCCAUCCCCAGGCAGGGGAGCUACCCCAGCUUCUUUUUGCCUCCCAUAUCCAGGUCAAAACAUAUUUCCUGUUCCAAGCCCUGGCGGCCGUCUAUUCCCGAAGGCGGAGAAGGUGUGAGGCCAGGACUUUGUUGGGGACACCAGGAAACAAUCCAUCAGGGGUUCCCCGUGCUCUUGGCCCGGCCCAGUCUCACAGUGAAGGAACUUCGGAUGGAUGUGUGUGUAUAUAUGUAGCGUAUAUAUUUAUAUAUAAUACAUAAAUAUUUAUUUACUGAUGGACUUUUCCUGAUUGGAAAUGAGCAUAGGUAAUAUGGGAACAGAAAGUGGGAAAGAAAAAGAAGGUUCUCACCCACUCCACCGUUUCAUCAUCAAGACACGUUUCCCCAUGCGGGUCACAAGGUGUGAGGGGAAUGACAGGAGCUGCUUCUCAUGAAGAAGACACCUAUUAUGGGCCCUCAUGACAGCCAUGAAAGAGCUGCCUGAUGAAUUUACUCUCCUUUUGUCAAACAAGGAAACGGAGUCUCAGAAAAGUGAAGAGGCCUUUCCACGGUAUUUUGGCUCAUGUGGUUCAGAAGGAGGUGCCACUAAGAAGAUAUUUAUCAGAGGAAAGAGUCCACACAUCUGGGAGUAGGGUCAUUUCUGGUCACUGAGGAGGGAUACUACUUGGAUCUGGGUUUCCAGGGAGGAACAAACAUGCAGCAGGUGUGUGGAAUGGGCAAAUUCACACAAGCAAGUGGGGCCCUGGGAAGGCUUCUCAGUUCUCUCUGGCCUGAACUGGAGAGAAGUUGGUCUGAGCUGAAGGCACUGAACGAUCAUCAAACUGACCCCUCCACGUGACGCACCUCUUGGUCACCAGAGUCUCUCAGUUUGGAAACACCCCUGGCUGAAGCAGUGACCUCAGGUGAGAGUCACCAGGAGGACGGAGUGCCCUUUCACAGGACGCUUCCAGCCAGCACAGAAGGGUCUCAGUGCACAGUGGGCUUCACUCAGAGGGUGCCAGCGUCCCCUCCUUUCCCCAGGGCAGAGCUUCAUUGGUACAAAGCAACAUUUUCCUUGGCCCAUGUGCUCACUUGAGCCCCAUCCCUCUCCCAGAUUCUCAAGUCCUGGGCCCACCUGACACUGCUCAGUGAGCUGCCUCUAGUCUCCUUGCACUGGGCCAGGCACUCAGAACAAGGAAGGCAAUAUUAAGAUGGUGUGUACAAACUGAAGGAAGCAGUCAUCUAAAACCGUCUAUGACUGAGAUCUGGGACCAUGCUACUCAAUCCAACAGUGCUGAAUCCUGAAAAAUGUGAAACCAGGCCACAUGGCCUUCCUGAUGGGGUCCCAGGUGAUGGGAUCACCAAGCUCCGGAAUGGCAACAGGUACCAUCUCAGAAGCCAUCUGGUUCUGAAACUGAGACACGUUCAGUUUUGGGGUCCCUGAUUCUAAGACAUGUACAGGAGCUUUUGUGUAGGUUUCAGUCCUGGUCUGUCAAGAUUGAGGCCGUUGAGACAUGACACUCUCAACAGGUGCAAUUAUUCUCAGACACACACAAGUCUCACGCAGAGGCCAUGCCUAGAUAGAAUUUCAUCCACUCCACCCCAGUGGGCAGAACUUGAGUAUUGCUUGAGAGACAUACCUGGGCCCUCCUUAGAGGAACAAAGUGGAACAAACUUCAGCGGACUUGACUGCUGAUUUGAUAACCUUCGUAAGUCUCGUGGUGUUGUUUAAUCUUAUUUUGCAAAUCAUCUUUUAAACACCGUGACUGCGGUUUCUUACUGUGAAGUGCCUCAUCAGAGUGAUUCCCCUCCGCAAUAACCAAGGUUAGCAAAGAAGGCAUUAUUAUCUCAAUGGUAGCGAGGAGAAUGAGGCCGGAUGAGGUUGAGUGACUUCUCAAAGCCACACAGGUAGUCAGGAGAGAGCCCAGUCCCUUAUUUCUUGUCUAAUUCUGAUUCUGACUGUGCUAUAAACGUGUUCUCACCUGCCUUCAUGCUCCCACCCCAUUAGCAAUAAAAACAGUGAAACAGGA